AACAGUCAUCCGACGAGCGCAAGCUUAGCGGGACCGAGCCGAAGCCCGACGCUGUGCGCGAAGACCGAGCCCGUGGCCACGGCGGCGGUGCGCAGCCGGAGCCGAACCCGAACCCGAACCCGAUGACCGCAGAGCGAGAAGUUUCACUCCCCACGCGCGGAUGGGUGGCGUUCCACGGCGACCUGUGAGGAGGAGAUGAUGAAGAAUUUCAGCGGCGGUCCGCUCCACAACCACCACCACAAGCAGACUCCCGGUCAGAUAAGAGAGCGGAACCACCGCAGGUCCGGCGUCCUCUGUGCGCUGCCGUGGCGAGUUUCCCUGCGUGGUUAUGGUUUCUGCAUGGCCGCGCUCUUCCUCUUCUGCUUCGGCUCCCUCGUCUACCAGCUGAACGGAGGACCCCCCAAAAUCCUCCUGGACAUCCGGCAGUACCUCGGUGAGUCCACGUAUCUGGACGACCACGGACCCCCUGCCCCCAGAGUGCUCCCGUUUCCCAGCCAGGUGGUGUAUAAUCGAGUGGGCAAGUGCGGCAGCCGCACGGUGGUCAUCUUACUUCGGUUACUGGCUGAGAAGCACCAGUUCAACCUGGUCUCCUCCGACAUCCACAACAAAACACGUCUCACCAAGCAUGAGCAGGUGGACCUGAUGAAGAACAUAAGUUUUAUGCCUCAGCCUUUCCUCUACACACGUCACGUCCAUUUCCUCAACUUCACCAGGUUCAGAAUAGAGCAACCUGUGUAUAUCAACAUCAUCCGGGACCCCAUCAACCGCUUCCUCUCCAACUACUUCUUCCGGCGCUUCGGCGACUGGAGGGGGGAGCAGAACCACCUCAUCCGCACCCCAGGGAUGAAAGAUGAUGAACGAUACCUGGAUAUCAACGUGUGCAUUCUAGAGAAUUACCCCGAGUGCUCCAACCCUAAGGUUUUCUACAUCAUCCCCUACUUCUGCGGACAGCACCCUCAAUGCAGAGAGCCAGGAGCAUGGGCUCUGGAGCGGGCCAAGCAAAAUGUGCUGGAGAACUACCUCCUCGUGGGAAUCCUGGAAGAGCUGGAAGACGUGCUGCUUCUGCUGGAGAGGCUCCUGCCUCACUACUUCACAGGGGUCCUCGACAUCUACAAGAGCCCGGACUACAGAAAAAUGGGAAACAUGACGGGCACGGUGCGUAAACACACCCCUUCUCUGGAGGCGCUGCAGGUGCUGUACCAGCGCAUGCGCUACGAGUAUGACUUCUACAACUUUGUCCGUGACCAGUUCCACCUCAUGAAGAAGAAAAUUGGCCUCAAGUCCGUCUCCCAGCCCCCGGCCUACUCACCCGCUUUCCUACGGGAGCUGACUCUUCGGACCCCUGAGCCUCUGGAUGAAGACGAGGAGCUGGACACGGACCUGGAUGAUGCCAAGAGCUGGCUGGUCCAUCUCUGAGGGCUAAUGUUUGGUGAACAUCGGAGGUCGCCAAAUAUACUAAUUUGCCCAAAUGGGCCGGCUAUAGCAGAAAACAGCCAGAGCACAAAGGGGGUUGAUUCCAGCAAAGCGUGGUGUGGAUGCUAACGCUCCAUGUUACCAUCCGCCACAGACUCCUGUCAGGACGGGCUCAGCACUGUGGACUGCAGGUAAGAAUAAGUGGAAGGACGAUUUGAAAAAAGUACCAAGAACUAUGGGAAACAAUAUAAUGCUCAAUCUGCGUUGAUUUGAGCUUGUUUAUUCUAUAAAAACAAUUUCUGCCAUCUCCAGGAGAGAUAACUGAAAUAUUCCUAAUAUCGGAGCCUGAUUACUGUAGCAAAGGACUUCACCAAGACAGAGGAGCCGACUUUAUGACAGGGCCAGUCCCAAAUGCUGUAGAGAUGAUAUCCACCAAAAACGUGCCAAAAGCAUUGUAUGUUUGUCGCCCAGGACUGUUAUCAGUGCGACAGGAGGAGCUGUGUGACAUACUCAGAAUAUGUUAUAGUAUUGGUUUAUAACAUUAUGUUUCAUUUGGAAAGUAUUAUUAAAUGUAAGUGGGGGUUUAACAGAGCACUCAAUUAUGAAUUCAAAGAAUUCCAACGUGUGCACGAGUGACUGAGUUUGACCCAAACCAGCAGUUUUAUGAGUUUACGUUCAUUACAAGGGUCAAUUGUGGAGGCGAUGGGCUGGAUUAAGAGUCACACACUACAAAGUGUGGAGUGGAAUUAGUUUGAUCCAAAGUUCAUGCCAAAUACCAGGGUUUCUACUGGUGCAUUACAAGACUAUAUGCAUAUACUGCACUUUUUCUAGAGUGACUUCAAGGAAUCCCGCAUGGAAAUGAGGGAUUUGGUCACAAAACUGGACACUAAUUUCGAAUCAUGUCAUUUUCCAGGUUCAUUCUGCUCUGUUCUUGUUCCCAGAGUAUGAUGGUUUAGGUGGGUCAAGUGUUGCCAGCUCACGUCUCAUUGUCCAGCAGCUAAUCAAAGUGCAUGCUUUGCAUCACUGGUCUAAGGAAGCGUCCAGAGAGCAGUAACUAUAAGCUAACAUGCGACUGUCAUCCACAUAUUUUACUACGCCAUCCUAAUCUCAGUUGUCUGUACCUUCUUAUUGCCAUGAAUUGUUUUUACAUUGUUGUUAUUGUUGUUAUAUUUUAUUUGCCAGGUUAAUUUAUUAUUUUGUAUUCAUUUGCAUUCCAAUUAAGAUUCUCAGGAAGGAAAAAUGAAUGAAUAACUUGAUCGUUUGUAUUUUUGUUUUCCGGUGACCAUAAAAUUAUUGUUGACAGACGCAGUGUGUGUCUAAAAUCAGUUUAUAUCAGCAGCUGAAGAACUGGUUAACAACUAAUUCAGUCCAUCAUUUUACACAGUCCUCAAAAUAAAUGUGCUCCAACUAA